UUGAAAGAUUUGUAUUGAAUAGGUUAUUUCUUAAAAAUAUAUGAAUAAAAUACUUAUUACAUAAAAAUAUUAUUAAGUGUUUAAAUUAAAAAAUAGAUCAUGCUUAAUUUAUCGUUACUACGGCAAUUUUCCAGAUUAUCAGUGUGUUCUGUUACGAAAAUACCCAUAAAUACUCGAAAUAUAGUAACAUCAAGUGCUCUACAAUUCAAAAUUUCUGAUCAACUAUGGGCUGAACCAAUGAAAAAAAAGAAGAAAAUAGACCCUGCUAUUGUUAAAGCCCGAGAAGAGCGCCGCCGUAAGAAGUUGGAGAAACAAAUUAGGAGAUUGGAAAAGAAUGCUCAGCAAUUAAAACCUAUUGAUGAAAUGGAGGUGCCACUACAUUUGUUGGAUAAUAUGGAAAAACGCAAAAGACCUCAGCCACAGUUAUCAGCAGAAGUAUUGGAGGCACGAGCAUUGCUGCAGAAGGAGUGGGCUCGAUACAAGCAUAAUGAAUAUGUAACACAUGUGGCCCAAAUUGACAGGAUCAUGGCAGCACAGCGAAGAGCUCUAGAUAGACUAUAUGAGGAGUCCGAAGACUUGUACAAUGAGGCUGUUAUGCCAGAUCUACAAUUGUUACCUUUCUCAGUGUCUGGCCCAGUGGACACUCCACCUAUCAAAGGGUAUGACUCGCCCGAUGGUGAAUACAUCGACAUAUCUAAAAAAUGGGACCAUUAAAGUGUAUGAAUUGUAAAAUUUUAUAGUUAGUAGU